AUGUUAUGUGGCUCGAUGAGCUCAUUCACUUUCUUUCCACAACUACUGGGAAUUGCGGGACACGAUCUGGCGAUUGUGUUUGCCGGGCCCUCAGGUUGUAUAGCGUUUGAUCGUCCGAUCUACAAUAAUGAACCCUGCCACGGGUUGUGUGAAGUCCAUCACCGCUACCACCUCCGACUGCCUGUACUCGCCGCUGUCUGCCCCGAGUCACGCCAGCUGGUCCUUCAAGAAUAUCACAACCCGAAUGCAGACAUCGAGAUCCCGCGCCCGUGUUAUUCCGCCGCAUACGAGCACUUCCGCUUCCGACCAGGUACCGAUAUCUUGCAUUUCAAUUGGGACGAAGGCGAUGAAGGCGGUUACACUCUUUGGAAUGACGAGAUUAACGCAAUCCCAUACUUCUGCGCGGUGGUACGGAAAGCAGCGCGCAACCUAAUCUCUACCACAGACCGCCAUCUUCGGCAAGAGUUGGACAACCCCUUCUUUGCCGGCAAUUCUCGUGUCGAGGCGCUGGACAAGUACGCGAUGCGCGAUCACUGGCUGGUGCUGGUCCAGACUAUCAGUUUUGAAUUCAUGGACGAUACUCAAGCGCUGCAAUCCGGACUGUUCGGGGAGUUGGAGCUAGCCCCUGUGCGCUACGUCAACCCAACUGACUCGGAAACCCUGCGCCGUAACCAUUAG